AUGAACGCCUUAAAUGAAGAGCUUGAAGCAGAAGUGCGGCGUGAAUUGUUAUUAACAUCAUCAUCGUCGUCGGACGAUGAAAACGAUGAGAACGAAUUAAAGAACAAACCAAAUCCAAAACAACCGAAGGAUCCAUCUUCAAUGACUUCAAUUGAGCGACUAAUACUAUCGCCCUGGGAAAAAUGGGUGAAUUACGGUCGCUUUCCGUAUAAGUUGAUGAUGCAUAUGGCUUUAAUACUACUUACAUUUGCUCAGAUGCAGUUAUUUGACGCUCAAAAUGCUGCGUACAUACGUGCUUCGCACCGCAAUUGGGCGUUCUUCUUUCUUCCUCCAACCGCAGAUAACGGCGUCGUACCUCGAUUUCAACGGGACUUGUAUACGAUCAAUCGUACAAUGACAGCGGUGCGUUAUUUACGUGAUUCCUAUUUUUCCAUUGGCAUCACGUCUGUCGCGAAUUACGAAUAUUUGCGCACGUACUCGGGUCAUAUUCAGCCAGUAAAGCUGACUGUCGGUCUUAUCCUACCUCAUGGCGAGAUGGAAAUGCGUGAAUACCUUGUCGCGGAGGACGACGAGAAUAUAGGGCCCUUUGAUUCGAAAAUGACUUCGUGGCAGCAAAAACAUUUGAUUCGGUCACUUCAAUUUGUCAAGUUCUCGUUUCCUUUGCGUGACCGCCAGUUUGGACAUUUCUACGAGGAGUGUUUUGAGUGGCACGUGAAUGUGGGUUUUCAAGUAAUUGAAAGCGCUCGAAUUCAUGUUCAGUUGGAGGACAGCGAAGUAUUGCGCUGCGUCAGCAUGCAUCCGCGUUCAUUUUGGGCGAUGACUAGACAAACUUUUGUCUGGAUGCACGUGAUUGUUGUGGUGGUUGUACUCUUGUACAUGACUCUCAGUCUUAGAGCGCUGUGGAAAUCAUUGCGUGUUAUGGCACGAGCCAGGAGACUGCUACUGGAUCAUAGCAACGAAACGUACGAAAAGAGUGAUGAUGGGCUUUAUUACGAAGCUUCGGCGGACUGCAAUGUAAGAAGAUUGCUGUUUAAUGCUAGACAGCGCGGAUUGAUAACAUCAUGGGCGGAAUUCCCAUUUUCGCUAAAGCUUUACUUUAUCAACAGCUUACAGGUGCUGGUGCUCACGUCGCUUGUGUUGCUGUUUUCAAGCACAAUGUGGAGUUUAUGUUUCUUGGAAGCGCACAUGCCAAUUCGAUUUUGGCAUCGAUUGUUGCAUGCGACAGCGUUGCUAUUACUCUGGAGUUGUUUUGUCGGGUACUUGGAGCAUAACCAGCACAUCUAUUCGAUUGUUUUGACGUUGAAAUGGGGAACACCACGUGUGCUGCAGUUUUUGCUCGGUGUAUCUCCAUUUUUUGUAGGAUAUGCUCUUUUUGGGACAAUCUACUUUGGAAAUAAGAUUGAUGAGUUCGGCACACUUAGUGCUUCAAUGAUUACGCUGUUCUCGCUCAUGAACGGAGACAGUAUCAUGGACACAUUUGAUGCGAUGGAUCUUCACCACUUUAUUAUUUCAGGAAGAGUGUACUUGUAUUCGUUUAUUUCAUUGUUCAUGUACGUGGUUUUGAACAUUUUCAUUGCCAUCGUUGAAGAAGCAUUUUUUGCUACGCAAUCUACCCGCAGACGGCUCAGUGACUACUUGUCAGCCCCUCGUGUAUUCCGUGUAGCGAAGGAGUCAGACAUCUCCGCAGAAAUGGCGCAUGCGAUUUUGCGGCUCAUUGACUUAGAAUAA